AUGGCUGAAAACGAAAAUGACUGGGAUUUAUGGGCAAUUGUGAGAAGUUGCAGCAAGAUGAACAACUCUGUUAGUGCUCUUGUCGAUCACGGUGUUCAUGAGGAUGGCAACUCUGCUCUUGUUGAUCACAGUGUUCAUGGGGAUGGCAACUCUGUUAACACAAUUCUUUUCCAAGAAGAAAGUAAUAGUGUUGGUGAUUUUAGAGACGCAUUCGCCAUGGAAAACAAGCGUUACUUUGGGUUAGAUGAAGUUAUCAAAAAUGAGGAGAAGAAGAAGAAGAAGGCGAGUUACUUGAUGCAAAGUUCAAGUACUGAGUCAGGCAACAUGUUUAUUUACCAUGGAAAGAUAAAUGAAAGACAUGAAAUAUUGGCUGAGGAAUUGAGUAAGGCGGAUCAUGGGAGAUGGAGAAAGUAUACGACGAGUCCAACUGGAAAGAGCUACUAUUCGUGUACUGAAGUUAAAAAUUGUCCAGCAAAGAGACGUGUUGAGAAAAGCUCAAAAGACCCAACCAAGGUGAUCGUAACUUACAGAGGCCAACACAAUCACCCUCCUCCUUAA